AUGGCUUCUACCAACUACAAGGAAGCGUUUUCACUCUUUGACACUCGCGGUGUCGGCCGCGUAGUCCUCGACAAGCUCGGCGACCUCCUCCGUGCCUGCGGGCAGAACCCGACCCUCUCCGAGAUUAGCGACCUGGAAAAAAGCGUUGGCGGUGAAUUCGACUUCGAGACCUUUCAACGCAUCCUCAACCGACCGGGCGGUUUCCGUGACCCGGGCGAGCCCGAAGAAUACUGCCGCGGCUUCCAAGUAUUUGACAAGGACAUGACGGGCUUUAUUGGGGUCGGCCAGCUCAAGUACAUCCUGACGAAUUUGGGUGAAAAAAUGUCAGAAGAGGAGGUGGAUGAGCUGCUCAAGGCCGUCGACACCAGCUCCGGGCAGGUCAACUACACAGAAUUGGUGAGGACCAUCCUCUCCAACUAA